AUGGCACUAGAGGAGGAGGACGUAGAGGUCGGGGACGUCCACAGUGCACUUACUGCUGAAACUCCCACUUCCAACUCCAAGUUCACUGAGGAAGAGUAUCAAGAGUAUCUGCGAUUAAAGUCUAACAGCUUGGCACAAUCAUCUCAAUCCCCAAGUACAUCCACAGCUUGCAUUUCUCAAUCCAUGGAAGGUCAAAAUUCAUGGAUCGCUCUGAAUUGUUANUCUCCUUCUCAGGAAUCUCUAGCGAAUGAAGAUUACAAUUCCUCCAUUAGAAAUGUAGCCUUAUGGGUCUGCGCUGCGGUGGCAUUUGGUGUUGGUUUGGGUUUUAAGGAAGGUUUUGACAAAGCAUCGGAAUUCUUUGCAGGGUACAUAUUGGAGCAAAGUCUUUCUGUAGAUAAUCUCUUUCUCUUUGUUCUGAUAUUCAAUUACUUCAAAGUGCCGGUUACAUAUCAGAAUCGUGUGCUCUCCUAUGGUAUUGCUGGAGCAGUUAUCUUUCGUCUGACGUUAAUACUUAUUGGAACAGCUACCCUUCAGAGAUUUGAAGCAGUCAACCUUCUCUUGGCCGCAAUAUUACUCUACUCAUCAUUUAAGUUGUUUUCCAGUGAAGAAGAUGAAUCCGACUUAUCUGAUAACUUUGUGGUGAAGACGUGCCAGAAAUUUAUCCCUGUAACAAGUAAUGUUCUCUAAUCAUGAUUAUUUAUUUCUCUCGUAGUUCGAUAAUUCAGUGCUGAUUUCUUGGGUAUUCUGAAAUUGAAUUUUUAUUUAUAUUUUGAAAAAAUCACAAGAAUUGGUGGAAAGCUUAAUCUGACUUAGCUAAAAUUGAAAAUGGAUGUUUAAGCAGAAAUGGCGGAAUCAAAGUUUAAUUUGCCAAUGGUCUAGAAAAUUUUAGUUUUUUCUUAUGGAAUUGUGUAUGUCCAUAUAAGUGUAACUCAUGUUCUUUGGUAAAUGCAAACAGUAAUUUUGAUUUCACAAGUACUAUAUCAUAGUCUUAAAUUUAGGAGAGAGAAUAUAUUUCUUAUUAUUUGUCUCCUUACAUGCAUUGGAUAUAUAAACAAGAACUUAUUGAAUGAACAACGUAUUCUACGGAACAAAUCCUUGAAAUUGUGGGAUUGUUAUUCUAGUAAUAAUAGCAAGAUACACAGAAUAUAACAAAUUAAAUACAUGGGAAUAAUAUCUAAAAUUUCCUAAAA